AUGGAGAUCCGGGGUUUGGCAUUCUUGCUUUUCCUCUGGGUCAUAUGGACGCUAUCGGGCCUCUGUGCCCUGAUUGCCUUGACUGUCAUCCCAGGCCAUGUAAAAUAUCCUUACAUCAGUGACACGGGACGAAUAUUCCCCGAAUCGGUGGUCUUUACAGUGGUCUUCUUAAUAUCUGCCCUUUUUGGAGCUGGCAACGCUUCCAUCAUGUACCGGUUCAUGAUCAUCCGGUCUGAACAAUCAGAGAGGCGACAUAUCAUCUGCCAGAGAAUCCUCUAUGUCGUUGCAUGGAUGGGCUGCAUUGGGACCAUUGUGACCGCCAUAGUUUCGAUGAGGAUCAGUCCUACAGUCCACAGGAUCGGCGCAGGACCGGCAUUUUUCUUUUGUGCCGUUUACAACCUAGGUCAAGCUGUAUGCCUGUACAAGAAAUCCUUCAGCAGUCGCCGCCUAUGCCACAUUAGAUUGGCAUCAACCUUGGUGCCCAUUGUGGGCCUGCUGACCUUUUCUGUGUGUAUGACCAUCGGCUUCUUCCAGCUUCUUCCAUGUACUGGCCGAUGUGAAGAGGUGAGUUCAUGCUCCUAUCUCACCUCCAUCUUCCCAUCUCACUCCAUAUAG